AUGGCCCUUCAAAAAGACUGCGGUACAAUUAUUAUUUCUGCCGAGGAAGUUUCUUCUUGCAAAGACGAACUUACACUCGAUCUUUCUGGAAGGAUGUUGGAUAAGAAGGAUAUAUUCGGGUCUUCUGAUCCUUUCUUAGCAUUUUAUCGAGUAAAUGAAGACAGAAGUCGGACAGUUGUUUAUCGUACCAAAGAGAUAAGAAAUACAUUGAAUCCCAACUGGAAACAAAUGGUCAUACCAAUGAGAUUUUUAUGCAAUGGAGAUCAUGACAGACCAGUGGUUAUUGCCUGCAUUGACUGGAAUAGAAGUGGAAGAGAAAGUUUAAUUGGUGAAAUCACGACAUCUGUGAAUGAAUUGUUACAAAUGUAUAAUAUUGGUGUCUACUCUCUUGAUCUUAUUAAUCCUCGUAAAGCAAAAAGGCAUAAACAUUAUCAGAAUUCUGGAACUCUUCAUUUGAAUUUGGUGAGAGUAGAGAAAAUAUACAGCUUUUUGGAAUACGUACAAGGAGGCACUGAAUUGAGCUGUUGUAUUGCAAUCGAUUUUUCAGCAAGUAAUGGUAGUCCACAAGUUCCCGGUACACUGCAUUACAGUACAAUUUCACAACCAUCACAAUAUGCAUUAGCUUUACAAGCUGUCGGGGAAAUAAUCAGUGAUUAUGACAGUGAUAAUCUGUUCCCUUCAUUUGGAUUCGGUGCUUGUAUUCCACCGGAUAACACAGUUUCACAUUGUUUCCCUUUGAAUGGACAUAUGGAUGAUCCAUAUUGUGAAGGUAUACAAGGUGCUAUGGCUGCUUAUGCUCAUUCUUUGAGAACAGUUAAAUUUCAUGGGCCAACAAAUUUUGCACCAAUUAUUAAUACAGUAGCUAGAAGAUUUAUUUUCCAUUAA